AUGCAACGGCACAUCUCCGCGCUACAAGAUCACCGUCCCCAGGCAACCAAGAAUUUACUUCUCAAGGAAGUCCACAGACCUCACGUUCAAUCGUCCAUCCAAAGUCAUCAGACUUCCAAUGGGCCUACCCAAGAUGUCCGGGGCAGUGCUGAGAGACGGCAGUAUUGA